AUGGAAAAAGACGAUGACUCAAUUCUUAGUUUAUCUAAUUUGAUUGUACAUUCCCAUUCUAUGGAUCCUAAAGACCCAAACGCUAUUUUGAGGCCUCAAAAACAAAUAACGCCAAUUGAUUUUAUCCCAAAAGUUAAUUAUGAUAUGCCAUUUUUAAACUCUUUAUAUCAUUUUCCUAAUAGUCAACUUAAAAUCACAUAAAAAUACCCUAUUGUUAUACAUUAUUAAUAAUGCAAUUCUCGUUAACAGUCAUACGAUGUGAAAUAAAGAAGAAUGAAAUGGGAAAUUUUUGAUCCAUGCAGAAAGCUACUGAAAACUCGUAUGAGAUGUCUUUAUAUUUCUAGAUUUGCUUUCUCAAGGAAUUUACGUCCCUUUUUCAAUAAGUUUUGAUAUCACGACAACUGGGCUUUUAGUUUAUUAUGAUUUUGUUAUUUCACUAGCUUUAUUAACUGAUAUUAUCUUUAAUUUCAACACAGGUUACUUUAAAAAAGGUACAUUGAUUAUGAACAGAAAGUUAAUUGCUUUUCAUUAUUUAAAAUCAUGAUUUAUGCUUGAUCUACUCUCAAGUUUUCCUUAUACUUGAAUUAUUGAUGGCGGCGUGUUCCAAAGUGAUGGAACUAGCUCCUCACAGUUAUUAAAAUCUGCGAGGCUGCCUAGGUUUUUUAAAAUUAUUCGGCUGCUAAGAUUUGCAAAAAUAAGGCUGAUUAUAUUGAAAAUUGAAGAUAGCAUAACUCAUGAGCUGCUCCUUCAGAUAUUUCAUUUAUUUCGGUUCUUAACCCCCAUAAUACAAGAAUUGUAUUUGGUUGUUAUUAAUUGCAAAAUUGGUUCGCUUUAAAUUAUUCUGAAGAAAAAAUGGAGAGGAGUUAGUAGCUAUCUAUAUGUUUGCACAUUGAAUUGGUUGCUUGUGGUAUUACACAGGGUCUUCUCAAGGUUUAAAUGCUUCUGAUUCAUGAGUAAGAGUGUACGAAGAAAGUGAUCAGAUGGGCGAUCUUUCAUUAGCAGAAAAAUAUGUAAUUAGUUUAUACUGAGCUUUCACAACGCUACUUACAAUUGGAUAUGGGGACAUCCACGCUCACACAACACCUGAAAAAAUUGUUGCUAUGAUAUGUAUGGUUUUUGCUUCAGCAUUUUAUGGGUAUGCAAUUGGGAGCAUACAUGAGUUUGUAGAAAGAACAGAUCUCAAAGAAAAAAAGCACCGAGAAGAAAUAAUCUCAAUGACAAACCAUUUAAGAAGAAAUAGAGUACCUAAGGAUUUGCAGUUUAAAGUAAGAAGCUAUUUGGAAUAUGUAUAUGAGAACCAAAAAAAUAUCAACAUAAGAGAAGAUGAUAUUCUAAAUCUUUUAAGCGAGCCUCUUAAAAAUGAAAUAUCUGCAUAUAUUCAUUACCCAGCCAUCAAAAUCUGUCCUACAUUUUCAAGAUUUUUAGAUUUACAGUCUUUAACCACCAUUUUAAAAAAUCUCAAAGAAGAGACCUAUGCUCCAGGAGAUGAAGUCUUAUCUGAAGGCGAAAAAAAUAGAACGAUAUAUAUUAUUAUAGAUGGCUCAGUCUAUCUUUAUUACAAGCAGAUGAAAGCUCACUUAGCAGAGCUUCGAAAAGGCAGCUACUUCGGAGAAGUUGGAUUUUUUGUCGGCCACUCUAGGACAGCAAGUGUAAAAUGUUCAGCAUUUUCUGAUCUCCUUACUUUGAAAUUUGAAGAUGCUUGGCGUUCUCUUCACAAGGACGUCAAAGCUCAAGAAGCUUUAAAUUUCAUUCAGAGUGUCUGUGAAAAAGAGGACUAUUCCCAAAUUGGCGUUACCUGCUAUAUUUGUAAACGAAUAGGACAUGUCGCACUAAAAUGCAAUUACCUGUGAUCUCAAGAAGAAGAGACUAAAAAAGAAUGGCUAGCUAAAAAAAUGAAUGGGAGAAAGAAAAUUAACCCUCACGAUCCAAGAAACCCAACCCAUUUUAGGAGGCGAAGGCACACAAGAAUGAAAUAUGAGGCCAAAAAUAUUUUGGGAAUUAAAAGAAGCCCAGAACAAAUGUACAAAAAUGACGCAAUUUUACGCGAUAAAGCAUCGCAUUAUAUAUCGGAUGUCAAUGCCAAUAGUGUAUCUACUAGUUUGUCAGAAGCAAGCGCGAUGCCGAAAGAGACAACAACACUAUUUGAAGUCCCAUCUUUUUAUAGAUACACAAUGAUUCUUCCUGACACAGAUAGUGAUGAAGAAGAAGAGGCUGAAGUUGAAGAUCUUGAUUAUUAA